AUGGACAAGUUAUUCUCAUUAGCCAUCAGAUACAAGGAGACAACCAGGGAAUACACAGAUAGAUGGCAUAAGAUAUGCCAGGCUAUAGGGAAUGUGGACCCAGUGGUCAACAUUAACUGCUACAAGUGGGGUUUAGAUAGGAUGAGCCCGUUGUUUGUCGAUAUUCAUGGGAGCAUACCCACGACGGAAGGGGAUCUUCGAGUAAUCAUCGAAAAACACGCCAGGUUGGAAGAAAUCCAACGAGAAAAUCCGAGGGCCCAUGCUCAAAGAUAUCAUCGAACUAACUCCACAGAGCAGGCCAGCGGAUCGAAAAGAAGUUCAAUCGAACACCCAUACGAAGAUAGGAGAGGAAGAAGAGAAGGUCCUCUAAACGAUGAUCGAAGAUUCGAAGAUCAAGUCUACACGAAGCUAAACACAAGUUACGCUCGAAUCUUAAAAGAAAUUAAGGGUCGAGAAAACUUGGAAUGGCCAUGGUCAAAAGGAAAGCAACCCCCAAGAUCCGAAAAAUCUAAGGAAUACUGCGACUACCACUCUUUCAAUGGGCACCCAACCGAGAAGUGCAAGAACUUGAAGAUAAUGGUCCAAAAGCUUAUCGUCAACGGAGAACUGAAGCAAUACAUAAGGAAGGAAGAAGCAGAUGAUAGGUCGAAACGAAGCAAACAAGUUCAACUGCCUGAAGGCAAUCAAACACUAAACACCAUUUCGUGUUCGGAAGCCGCUGGACCAUCGUUAACAACGCAGAUUGGAAAAAGGCUGAGAAAGCAAUUCGAAGACUACUGCGAGCUGUACAAGAUCGAUGGGGUAGAGAUAGACGAUCACGAGCAAUUGAUGGAUGCACCGAUCACUUUCGAGGCAGAUGAUAUGGAGGAAGACAUGGAGGAUCACAAUGAUCCUUUGAUCCUCACACUGCCCAUAGCAGGGUGCAACAUCAAGAAGAUCCUCAUUGACGGAGGAGGUUCAGUCAACGUCUUGUUUUAUGAUACAUUCAAACGAAUGGAGCUAAACGACGAGCAGCUGAUAUCUUCGUACCACACCAUUUAUGGAUUCAACGGGGCUCGUAAGAAACCAUUGGAGGACAUUGUUCUACAAAUAAAUGCAUGA